AUGAUGGAGAAGGGAUGGGUAACUGAUGUACUACAAAGAGGAUGGGUAAAGAAUAAGGGCUGGGUGGCAAAUAGGGCAUGGGUGACAAUCUCGGGAUCAGAUAUCGCGGACUAUGCCGCUGUGCAUGUUUGUGCGUGGCCCGAGUGUGGACGAGCUUUUGGGAGUGAAGAAGAGUACAAAAUCCACCAUCUCCUCGCACAUCACGGAGAUGCUGCUUAUCAGUGCCCUAUAUGUAGAACGGACCUCCCGCAUAGCAAUGCCCUGAAUGCCCACUGGGAGUUGCACCACAAGGACACGCGACACUGUGUUUGUCCCGUGCCAGAGUGUACCAAAGUCCUCGUAGAAGACGAAACGGCGAUUAUCCACGUCCUGGACCAUGCAGACCCCAAAGGUUCUCAACGGCAAGAAUACCGCCAAAUGAGGGACCAGUUCAUUUCGUCCGGGAUAGCCGUGGCAUUCAUGGCUUACUACACCGGACUAUACAAUCCUGUUGCAUGUAUUUCUAUAAUGCUAACAUACACUCCAGGAAUAUAA